AUGGCUAUGGACACCUACAGAGUCAAUCAGUACAAUGUCACUGGGCCCAUGAUACAUACCAAUCGCCUCAUUCAGGGAGGCUUCAGAUACCAGAAGCUCAACCUCUCGACAACAGGCGAGCUGGUCUUGAGGAACGUCGGUGUGAGGCCUACAAUCGCGAACAUACCCCUUGAUCAACUGCCGGGAUACUUUGAGACCUCGGAUGAGGACCUCAAUCGGAUCUGGAAGGUUGGAGCGCGGACAGUUCAAUUAAACGACAUUCCUGCGCACUCCAUUCCGGCGUUCUGGCAGGUCUCCUCCGAAGGUUCUCUGGUAGAGAGCCAAGCCCCUCAAGUUCUGUCAGGCGGCGCCGCUGCUGGACUGAUGAGUUACCAGCUUGCAUUCGAAGUCAAGCCUGUCGUCAAAGGGUUUGGAUUCUCCGUACUGGCUGACACUCUCAACUCCGGAAUCUACAUCUUCUGCAAUAUUGCCAACGGAUCGAUCUCCGCACACUUCGGAUCCACUGAAGAUUCUCCUCCACUUGCAUUCGCAAGAUUGCCAGCGAACAUAACCCUUGGUAGCUGGCACAAAGUGGAAGCUACUGUGAAUACGACUAGCAUCGCGGUAUCUUUCAACCAAGUUCCGGUUCUUCAGUUUUCGCAGACUUCUGUAUUCUUCGGAUCCUUUGGAUUGGGCGCGUCAUUCGGCCACUCUGCCGUUUUCCGCAACCUGUCCGUUACGACACCGACAGGUCAAUCGAUUUAUUGCGCAUCGUUGACAGACGAGGCGUUCUUGUCGGACUUUCUGAUGGGCACAAACCCGCACGAUACAACGGUUGACGGCUCGAAACGCGACCGCAUUGCGUAUGCAGGCGAUCUGGACAUUGCGCUCGUGUCCUCGCUGUCGAGCACCAACGGCAUCAGCUACAUCAAAGGCACGCUCGAUCUUCUCGGUUCCUUCCAACUGACCCCAGGGUUCUUCGCACCCACUGCAAAGAUCCAACAAGAGCCACUUUCCGCUCCGGUCGAUGCCAAUGUCACUGGUCUGAUUGGCUACUCCUUCAACCUCCUCACCGCAGCUGCCAACUUCUACAUGCGCACCGGCGAUGUCGAUAUGCCAAAGAAGUGGGCACCCAAAGCUGUACGCAUGUUGGACUGGGCACACUCUCAAGUCCUGCCCGAAAGCGGGUUGUUGAACAUCACCAACCCUGCCUUGGGCGGCGACUGGAAUUACUACGACCCGUCACAGGCGGGUGUUGUAACCAAGUUUAACAUGGUCUACGCAUACGCACUCCAGGAGUGCAUCAGGCUCCUUGCAGACGGUGGCAUCGACACCAAGCCCUACAUUACCCGCCUUGAUGCUCUGCGCAUCGCGAUUGACCAGAACCUCUGGUCGAAUGAACUCAACGCCUACUACCUCUCCCAGUCCAUCAACAACAGCUUCGCACAGGACUCGAAUACCCUGGCCAUUCUCGCUGGCGUGACCAGGUUCAACCACACGUCAUCCCGCGUUCUGAGCACCCUCAAGCAGCUUUCAACACCAAAAGGCCCUCUUGCUUUCUCGAACGGAACUAUCGCAGCCGGGUUCUCAAAGUUCAUCAGUCCCUACGCAAGCGCCUAUCACCUUCGUGCCGCAUUCGAGGCCGACGACAGCGAGACGACCAUGGAUCUGCUUAAAAGCUUAUGGGCGCCCAUGGCCGACCCGAAGGGAGCCAACUACACGGGAUGCUUCUGGGAGACUCUGGACGCAGCCGGUGCGCCUGCGCUGGGGAGGGGAACUAGCCUCUGCCACGGUUGGGCUGCAGGUCCCACUGGGGAGCUCAGCGAUCAUGUCUUGGGGGUGAAGCCCGUAACUCCAGGGUAUACCGAAUGGCGAGUCGCUCCUGUUACGCUGGACUUGAAGUGGGCUAGGGGCAGAGUCCCCGUGCCCGGGGGUGAGAUCUCCGUCGCUUGGAAUGCUACUGGGCGUGUUAUUACUAGGUUGGAAGUGAUGAGCCCUAAUUGUACUUCGGGUACGGUUGUCCUACCUCUGUCGUCGCAGAAAGGAUAUGUUGGAGGCACUUUCAAGGUGAAUGGGGAGGUUGUGGCGAGAAACGCGACAUUCAAAGUUGCAGGGGGAAAGCCUUUUGUUCUCACAUACGAUGUCUAG